UGCUAAAUGACAGCUGUCAGAAUUUAGCAUCGGAAGGACGUGACGUCAUUGAUUUCUUUUCCUCACGUUUUCGUAGUGAACGACAGCAGCGAAACUUGAAUCAAAAUGGGUCGCGUUCGUACCAAGACCGUCAAGAAGGCCUCUAAGGUCAUUAUUGAGAAGUACUACACCCGCCUGACGAUGGACUUCCACACAAACAAGCGUAUCGUUGAAGAGGUGGCCAUCAUUCCAACCAAGCCGCUGCGUAACAAGAUCGCUGGUUUCGUGACACAUCUGAUGAAGCGUCUGCGCCACUCUCAAGUUCGUGGUAUCUCGAUUAAGCUGCAGGAAGAGGAGCGUGAGCGCAGAGAUAACUACGUGCCGGAAGUGUCCGCCCUGGAACAGGACAUCAUUGAGGUUGACCCAGAGACCAAGGAGAUGUUGAAGCACCUGGACUUCAACAACAUCGUUGUCCAAGUCACCAAUCCAUCGGCACAAGGCUACAGCCGUCGUAACUAAGCCUGCGAAAUUUUGUUUGAUCAAUCUGUGGUGGAACGGGAUGUUGUUCUAGAAUUUCC